CUGGUGGUCAGGAGAGAUAAUGCAGCUUUAACACAUGAAGCAUAGACUUCUAUACAACCAGAGGAGCCCCCUGGUGGUCAGGAGGGAGAAUGCAGCUUUAACACAUGAAGCAUAGACUUCUAUACAACAAGAGGAGUCGCCCCUGGUGGUCAGGAGAGAGAAUGCAGCUUUAACACAAGAAUCAUAUACUUCUAUACAACCAGAGGAGUCUCCCCCUGGUGGUCAGGAGGGAGAAUGCAGCUUCAACACAUGAAGCAGAGACUUCUAUACAACCAGAGGAGUCUGCCCCUGGUGGUCAGGAGAGAGAAUGCAGCUUUAACACAUGAAGCAUAGACUUCUAUACAACCAGAGGAGUCGCCCCCUGGUGGUCAGGAGAGAGAAUGCAGCUUUAACACAUGAAGCAUAGACUUCUAUACAACCAGAGGAGUCCCCCACAUCGUGCUGGAUAUGCAACCACGUCACCUCGGGCCUCUCGUCUUCACGUAGGUAGGCAGAGAAAAUAAAAACAAAGCCACGUCUCCAUGUCUGACGUGUUUGGUUCCAUUUGAUUUUGUUUUUCAGCUGUUCUGCACUGCAGCAUAUUCACUUUGAAGAUCAAUAAAGACUCAGCCUUGGUGGUUGAAUAUUGUGCAAAUUCCAGAACAGAACAAUUUGAAUUGGGACGUUUGGACAGAAACUGAGCCAAACGUUCACAGUGUUGAAGUGGAGCACCAGUGCAGGGUUCACUGGGGGCCUUAAGAGGCCUCUUCGGAGUAUUCUAAAGGCCAACAGAGCUGCUUUUGUCAAAUGGCAAAUUCUUCUUAAAAUUAAAUCAUUUAACGGAGACAAGAGAGAAAAGUCCUGAUGCUAAUCAGACUUGAAUCAAAUCAAUUGGUGACAUCACAUGGCAUUAAAUGAAAGCAUCUUCUACUUCUAAAGUGCAGAACUGUGGGCAGCGUGUUGACGCUUCACAUCUAACCGGGAAAGAAAUGCAUUAAGUCACAGUUUGUAAUUAAUUAUAUUACACGUUGUUUCAUCGUCUGGGGUUUUCUAGCUCCAUGAAAUUGUCUUUAUGCAACUUGUUGACGGCUGCGGGUUUCUCGUAAACAUCUCCGGCAGUUAUACAAGGAAACGUCUGAUAAAGAAAUAACAAACUGUUCUUUUUCUUUCAGGCUUCUGUGCUUCACAGGCGACAACAUCCAGUCCAGAGGUCACGACCUUUCACAUCAGCAGGUUUUUAGAACGCUCAACAAAAGAAGAAAAGAGGGGCGUUCCCGGUCCUAGACAGAGUGCAGGACAUUUGAGCACCGGGCUCCAGUGAGCGCGGGGAGGAGAGACGCUGCCUGCCGCCGCUGCUCGGCCCCCUCACUGUGGAUACAGCCGAGAUGCCCCCCCCCCCUUUCGAUGAGAAAACAACAACAACAACAAUAUCUUUAAAAUCAAUCCACACGAACCGCGGACAUUAGAGCCGCCGGUGAGCCGCGUCCCGGUGCGGCGUCUCUUUGUUCGGCUGCUCCGACAUGGAUCACCCGGAGAACGAGCUGCGGCCGGAGGCCGAGCACGACGACGAGGAGGUGGACCCCAGAAUCCAGGGAGAGCUGGAGAAACUCAACCAGUCGACCGACGACAUCAACCGGUGUGAGGCGGAGCUGGAGGACGCGAGGCAGACAUUCCGCUCGGUUCUGGUGGAGGCCACGGUGAAGCUGGGCGAACUGGUGAAGAAGAUCGGCAAGGCGGUGGAGGAGUCCAAGCCCUACUGGGAGGCCCGCAAGUCAGCCAGACAGGCCCAGCUGGAGGCCCAGAAGGCCACGCAGGACUUCCAGGGGGCCACGGAGGUCCUGCGGGCGGCCAAGGAGACGAUCUCCCUGGCGGAGCAGAGGCUGCUGGAGGAGGACAGCCGGCAGUUUGACUCGGCCUGGCAGGAGAUGCUGAACCACGCCACCCAGAGGGUGAUGGAGGCGGAGCACAGCAAGACGAGGAGCGAGCUGCUCCACAAGGAGACGGCGGCCAAAUACACGGCGGCCAUCGGCCGCAUGAAGCAGCUGGAGAAGAAACUCAAACGCACCAUCAACAAGUCCAAGCCCUACUUCGAGGUGAAGGCCAAGUGCUACCUGCAGCUGGAGGUGCUGAAGCAGAGCGUGGACGUGCGCCAGGCCAAGCUCUCCGGGGCCAAAGGCGAGUACAAGGCGGCGCUGAGGAGCCUGGAGAGCAUCUCCGACGAGAUCCACGAGAGGAGGCGGAGCUCUGCCAUCGGGCCGCGGGGCCGCGGCGUCGGCGCCGAGGGAGACGGCGGCGGGGACGCCGGGGACGACGGCGCCGGCUUCAAGAUGGAGUCUGACGGGAUAUCCAUGGUGUCGGUGUGUUUCGAGGACGAGGCGAGCGGCGUCAUGUCGGAGGAGGAGCAGGAGGAGGAGCCUCGCGCCUCCUCCUCCUGCUCCUCUCCCAGCAGCCCCCAGGAGCUCCUGUCGCCCUGCCCCUUCGCCAGCUCCUCGUCCUCCUCCUUCUCCUCCUCCUCCGCCUCUCCGUCGCCCUCCUCCUCUCCGUCCCGGCCCUGCAGUCUUGACCUCCCCGGCACGGCGUCGCUGUCGGACUUCGGCCUCGUCUCCCCGGUGCUCGGGCCGCGCAGCGAGUGCAGCGGGGCGUCGUCCCCGGAGUGCGACCUGGAGAGAGGCGACCGGGCGGAGGGCGCCGAGGGCGCCCUGGACAACGCUGCAGCCUCCAACAGCAGCUCCACCUCCAAGAGGAGCUUCAGCCUGGAGCCGCGCUUCAGCUUCCUGAACCGGCGCCGCCCUCGCGCCGCCAAGGACGCAGACGGCCGAGGCGGUCCGGGUCAAAGGAGUCUGAGGACUCGUGUCGACCCGAACGCUUAAACCGCGGAGAGACGUUGAACGCUUCCCGUACGGCGGCUCCGUCGUGGAGGCUCCGCCCCUUUUUGACUCGUCCCUGAGGAAUAUAGAGCGUCCUGGGAAACGUCUCAUUUAGGACAAAGUUAAAGAUGGCCUCCGUGUUAUUGUUCCACUAAAAGCUCCUUCAAAGCGCUU